CACUGUCACACGAACUACACCAUACAUUUCAUUAGUCAUUAUACUGUACAUGUUGAUGAAUAUUCGUCACACGUUUCGUUUCCUCUACCAAAAUAUUAAACACAACAACAAUGUAUGAUUAAUGAAAAUGCUUUUAGAAAUUCUGCUCGUAAUUUAUAGUAGGUAUAAAUAUCUGAUUUUUCUGGAGGUACCUAACCCAAUUACCCUAUCUGUACGUUUACGAUGCUACAAUAUUUCCCGAUAAAGUACUUGACGAUAUUUAAACGGGUUAUGAUAAUUUAGAGGUUAUACAACGGUACUUAUUCGAAAUUUAGUGAUAAAAAUAAAAAGUAAAUGUAUAAUCUGAAAUCAAAUUUAUACAAGACUUCAUCGUAAGUCACCAGUUUCAAGGUAGGCUUUGAGCAUUUCUUUCGACUUAUUUUGAAAUGGUGUUUAAUUUUUUAAAAAAGUUUCAUUUCUAAAUAGUUAUCCACCUGUUGUAUUAUCACUUCAUGGGACUUAUUCUUACGCCGGAAUAAAGAAGAAAAUCUGCAGAAUUUUUCAAAUACCUAACCGUAAUCAUGUCCGGAAAAUGGAGCGUAGUUCAGGCCUCAAAAAUAUUCAAUCUCUCCCUACCCGAAUUAUUCUAUAAAGCACAAACCGUCCAUCGUGAAAAUUUCGACGCCGAAACCAUACAAAUUAGCACUUUGCUGAGUAUAAAAACAGGAAAAUGCCCGGAAAACUGCUCCUAUUGCCCACAAUCGAUUCAUCACAAAACUAACAUCAAAAGCGAACCAUUGAUGGAUAUUUCGAAAGUAAUAGAGGCUGCCAAAGCAGCUAAAGCUAACGGUAGUACGAGAUUUUGUAUGGGAGCUGCAUGGAGGGGUCCAACAUCAAAAACUCUGCCUCAAGUUUGCGAAAUGGUUAAAGAAGUGAAGAAAUUAGGUAUGGAAACAUGCGUGACAUUGGGAUUACUGAAAGAAGAACAUGCUGUCGCUUUGAAAGACGCCGGAUUGGAUUAUUAUAAUCAUAAUAUCGAUACUUCUCCGGAAUACUAUGAAAAAAUUAUCACUACGAGGACAUUUGAGAAUCGAAUUCAAACUUUAGAACACGUAAGAAACGCUGACAUAAAAGUAUGCUGCGGAGGUAUUCUUGGAAUGGGAGAAACGACGGAAGAUCGAUUGAAAAUGUUGGUCGUUUUGGCUAAUCUUGAAACUCAGCCAGAAUCUGUUCCUAUUAACCAGUUGAUGAAAAUUCCUGGAACUCCGUUGGAGGAUGUUGAUGACAUUGAUCCUUUCGAAUUUGUACGCACCAUAGGCGUUGCUCGUGUUAUGAUGCCAAAAUCGUACAUUCGUUUGUCAGCCGGUAGAGAGAAUAUGUCCGAAGAACUUCAGGCUUUGUGUUUCUUGAUGGGAGUUAAUUCCAUUUUCUACGGAGAGAAAUUAUUAACGUCGAAUAAUCCAGCGCCGAUAAAAGAUGAUAUUUUGUUAGAUAAAUUAGGUUAUAAAAAAGCAUCUUUGGCAUCUGCAUAAGAAUUUAUAUAUAUUUUUUUUUCAAUAAAUAUUUCCACGAUUAAUAAUUGGCAAAUGAAACAGUGAUACAGUAUUUCUUUUCUUGCGUUUAAUUCUAAUAUCAACACACCGUAACAUGAUAUAAAUUAAUAAAUUAAAAUCCGUUCGCUUCCAGCAGAACUUUUUUUUACAGAUGAAAACAUUUUUAAAUACUUUCAAUUAAAGAUACACUUUGUUCUUCUACCUCUACUUGUUCCAUAUUUAAAAUAAUUUAUCCCUAAUAUUUAUGGUAACUCGACUCAAUAGGCAGUGUUUAAAUUGUCAUUUAUACAACAACACCGUUUACGAUUACAAACAAUGAUCAUUCGCAGAAGCGUAAUAAAGAGUAUACGGUUUCUUGGUAACCGGAUGAAUGCCAUCGUGUUUCUCUAUCGAUAUUUUAUUCUCUUUCUGUUGCAAAUAUAUCCGAAUGAAUAACUUAUUAAGUUCGUGAACAUGAGGAUGAUUGAGAAAUUCUUCAAUCGGCAUCCAUUGGACUUUCAAAACUUCCUCCGAAUCUUCGCUCGCUUCUUCAGUCAGAGGUUCUAGAACUGUGAUAAAGUACAGAUCGGAACAAUCGAAAUUAGCUUGAUGAGUAUGUCGAAACAAUACGCAAGACUGGAAUUUCGUCUUGAUGCCGGUCUCCUCUUCAACUUCACGUAUAACCGCAUCGGUUAGAUUUUCACGAGGCUCUACGUAUCCUCCGGGAAGUUUCCAAGUUUCAUAUUUUCCAUAACUUUGAUACACGGUCAACAAUUCGUCUUUGUUGUUUACGACUAUUCCUCCAACACCGACCAUAGUAUGGGCAUAAGGUGGUAUCGUACUUGGUUUAUCUUUCGGUAGCCAUCUGCUUAAGACUAGUGUUUGACCUGAGGCAUCAUUCACUCGGUGGAAAACGAACCCAUUUUGAGUCAGAAUUGGUAUGAACAUGGAAUGUUGAAGAGAUAUAUAAAACCACACUGUUCUGAUACCGUCGCAAACCCAUUUAUCUAACGAAUGUUUUAGUUUAUUUGAAAAUUGUUCUACAUCACAUGAGAAUUCGGCUUCAUCCUUGACAGUUACUCCUUGAAAACGAUCCGUGCUAAAGUUAAAUAUAGGAGUCGAAGACAUCGAAGUAUUCAUGGGUGUUUCGCAAUAAAACAAUCGACUAGAUACGGAAUAUGGUUUGGUUGCUGCAGCAGAAAUGAUAUUCAAUAAAUUUUCACUUAUAACGCGAACAUUUCUACUGUAUUUUUUAAUUAAAUUUAACCCGAAAAAGAUUACCAUUUCUAAAUUUAUCGAAA